GGGAGAGCGGAUAUAGUGAAUGCAGGGUCCGGGGAGACCGGACAUAGUGAAUGCAGGGUCCGGGGGAGACCGGACAUAGUGAAUGCAGGGUCUGGGAGAGACCAGAUAUAGUGAAUGCGGGGUCCGGGGAGACCAGAUAUAGUGAAUGCAGGGUCCGGGGAGACCGGAUAUAGUGAAUGCGGGGUCCGGGGAGACCAGAUAUAGUGAAUGCGGGGUCCGGGGAGACCAGAUAUAGUGAAUGCGGGGUCCGGGGAGACCAGAUAUAGUGAAUGCAGGGUCUGGGAGAGACCAGAUAUAGUGAAUGCAGGGUCCGGGGAGACCGGAUAUAGUGAAUGCAGGGUCUGGGAGAGACCAGAUAUAGUGAAUGCAGGGUCCGGGGAGACCGGAUAUAGUGAAUGCAGGGUCUGGGAGAGACCAGAUAUAGUGAAUGCGGGGUUCGGGGCGCCCAUAGCUAUGUACAGUGUGGUGGAGGAG